ACAUACACGAGUCAGCUGACUUGACUAACCGAGUUGUGUUACCCAGCUAGGACCCGCGGGACCCCGAAACGCGCGACAUGGAUGGCCUCGCGGCUGCUGCGCCUGCAGCAGCGAUGCCGGCGCUCCAAUCAGCUGAACUGACGUCGGAGCAGCUGGCUUUCAUGAACUUCCAGCUCAUGGCCGCAGCGGGCAUACCAUUGCAGUUGGACAUACACCAGCUCAUGGGCCUUGCGGCGCAGGCGCAGAUAGGGAUGCCCCUGCCACUCCAGCCUUUCAUCAGCCCAAGCGUAGUGGAGCAGACGCCGGUGCCACAGGAGGAGCAGAAGCCGAAGACCACGCCGCGCCGCCGCGCAGCCAAGGGUGGCCGUGGCAAGAAGCCGACGACGGCAUGCGAGGACGAGCCUGGAGACGGCGGCCAGGUGUGUGCGCAGGACGCGCAGCAGCAGGAGACGGGCGGCACGGCGGUGCCCGCGGUCAAGACGCCAAAGCAGAAGCAGCCGCCGCGCGCCACUACGGGCAAGCGCUCGCGCAAGAGCAAGGAUGACGCGGUGGAGGGCGAGACCGCGGAAGAGGCUGCCGCGCGCAAGGAGGCCCAGAGGGAGGCGGAGAAGGAGAAGAAGAAGCGUGCCGCCCGGGUCCGCGCACUCAAGGGCGUGAACGUGGUGGGGCUGGCGGGGCGCGAUGAGAACAGCGCAUCCUUUACGGUCUGCGGCUCCAGCAGUGAAUACACUGUGACGCUAAGCGAUGCUGGGUGCAGCUGCAGCUGCCCUGACCACCACUUCCGCCGCCACGACUGCAAGCACAUCAAGGUCAUUCUGGCCAAGCUGCACAUCGUGGAGGAGCCGGAGAAGUGGGCAGAGGCGGUGACACGCGUGGGCGUCUCCGUGUCGGGCAAGCUGGACGCGGCAGAGGCGGCGUACCUGAUGGAGCAGCUCGCCGAGGAUGAGUAGCUAGCAUUUGUGCGCAUUCGUUUCAUUUCCUUAAUUAAGGCAUUGUCGGUAGUAGUGUCGGAGUGCUUGACAGUAUCGGCGGGGGGUAUCGGCUACUUUGGGACACGCGAGGUGACACGUCGGACGGGACACACGCCGCCCGCAUCCAGGUCGGUUGAAUCGUUGGAGGCCGGUAGUGGCCGGUGAAAGCGUGGCAAAGAACGAAGUGAGCAUGUGAUGGACUACGUGGUCGAUGGAAUACGGUUGGUUGCUGUGUAUGCUGAGUGAUGUGUUGUUCAGUGAAGUUGCUUUUUGGCCGUUGCAGCGCAGUAUUGCAUAUGGUACGUUUUUGUUGGGGGCUGGAACCUCCACUCGCAAAACAGUGUGUGUGUGGGGAGCUCACCUCGUGUUUGGGACCUGUGCAGAAGCGCCCGGGCGGUAGGCGUGCAGUAGAAUCAAAUGACUCGCCUGCUUGCGGCGGUGAGGGGUGUGUUAUACAUGCGCCGUUGCCGGUAGCUGAGGCUGUAGAUAGCGCAAGGUAGCGGCGGGGGCCCGCCCGGGGGUGCGUGGGUCGGGCACGUCGUAGGUGGGGGCGGGUGCGUGGGGACAGGUCGGGGCGGAACCGUGCGGGUCGCCACUGGGUCAUCAGGAUGACAACCUUUCGCGUCAAUCGCACAAUUACAAAAGCUGACAUGCUAGUGUCCAAAUUCUAGCUAGGAAGCAACAACUAUGAGG